ACGACGUGCAUCGGUUCUGGUUUACCAGUAAUCAAAAAGAAUAAUAUAAUCAAUAAUGAAUGGAAGGAAGAAGAAGCAGGCGAUACGGUGGAUCAGUGAACGGUGAAAGUUUUGGUCCAGUCGCCGAUGAAGAAGCCAUCGCACUCAAGACGUUGACGGUGCACUCAACCAGCAUUUCACCGGAGAUUUGGAUACCCGCGUCCAUGGCAUUAGGAUUAAGAUUCGAUUAGUGCUCAAUUUCUCGCCAUCAGGUACAUUUAGUUGAAAAAUAAUCAAUAACUGGAUAAACAUAUUUGUUUUAUUCCCAAUAUUGUUGGACGAAAAUGGGAGCAUCAAACUCAACAGAGAAAGAGGUUCCUGAUGACCAAAAAGAGGCUGAAGCCCUAGCAGCUUCAACGGGGGUUCUUCCUCAGCUGCAGAAGGCAUUUUCUAAGCUGGCGGAUCCCCAAACAAAUGCAAUUCCCUUAGAGGCCUUACAGAAAUGCUUCUGUUUACAUUAUGAGAACCGAACACAAGAAACAUCUGCCAUGCCUGAAUCCUUUCCGGCCAUACUAGAUCAAGUGGGUUUAACAAUAACUGAACUAUUUUUCAUUCCUGAGGAAGGAGGAGUUACCUGGGUUGAAUUUCUUAAGGGCUACAGCAAAUGUUGUGGAAAAACAUCUGCAUCAGUUUUGCUCAAUACAUUAAUUAGGGUUUUCGAUGCUACAAUGGUAAAGAUAGGACUCCCUUCGAAAUUGGAGUUUGUUUCUCAUGAGGACGAAUUUAAGAUGAGUGGUUCCCUUCUUCCCAGUGAUGUUCUUAUUUUUCUAUGGAUGUGUUGGACUAUGUCUUGGGAUUCUAGAACUUUCAAAUUCUCAGGUUCAAAUUCAAAUUUAUUGUUGCCGGAUAUUAAUAAUCUGGUGCUGUCAUCGGUGACAUCAUGUGCUGAAGUUGGCAAUACUGUAAACGUUUGGGAUUGCAAUAUAGUAGGUUUGGCAGUUGAAGUACCUGUAGGAGCAUUUCUUACUUGGGCAAUAAAAACUGUUCCAGAUCUCCCAGAUGGAUUUUUACAAUUUGUACAUGCAAGAAUUCUAGAAGCUCCUACUCGAGAGGAUGGAGUGGAGUCAUCAAGUUCAUCAGUUGUGGAUAAUGCCUCACCUGAGACAUCCAGCUCUUAUGUUCUCACCCCUGGAACGGCAUGGGCAGUUUCACUUACCCAAAGAGGUGCCAUAAGGGAAGAGAUAUCAAAAAUAUGUUUUUGUAGCAAUGGUGAUGAAAGAUAUGAACACUUACUUUAUAGGUCCUCACUGCAUGGGAGAGGCUUGAAUAGAUUCUGGUCGAAUGUUGAAGGUUAUCAGGGUCCUUUGUUUGCGGUUGUUCAUGCCACCUCGAGAAACACUCAUGACGAUUGCACCAAUGAAUUGAAAUGGACUAUUGGUGCACUGACAUUCCAGGGUUUUGAAAAUAGGGAUCAGUUUUAUGGAAGCGGAGGAAAUAUCUAUGCUGUUAGUCCAGUUUUCCAUGUAUAUUCAGCGACUGGGAAAGAAAAUAACUUCGUCUAUAGCCACUUGCAACCUUCUGCAAGGGUGUAUGAGCCACAUCCAAAGCCCAUUGGAAUUGCAUUUGGAGGAACUAGUGGAAAUGAGAGAAUAUUCAUCGAUGAAGAUUUUGCCCGAGUUACUGUUCGCUAUCAUGCGGUUGACAAAACUUACCAGCCUGGUCCUCUCUUCCCAGAUCAGGGUUUUUUGCCUGUUGAAGCUUCCAUUUUAGAAGUGGAAGUUUGGGGAUUUGGCGGCUCUGCUGCCAAGAAAAUUCAAAAUUCGUAUAAGAAGAGGGAGGAACUUUUCACUGAGCAGAGAAGAAAGGUGGAUUUGAAGACAUUUGCGAAUUGGGAAGAUUCGCCGGAGAAGAUGAUGCUAGACAUGAUGUCGGAUCCAAAUGCAGUUCGCCGAGAAGACCGUUAGAUUAAAGAUGAGAUGUUUUCGUCGCUCGUAAAGCUGCUUGUGCUUGAUGCUCUCUACAUUUGUCACUAUCAGCAGCAUGUUAUGGAUGGCGGCUGUACAUAGAUCUACAAACUGCAAACUAUAUAUAUUGGUGGGUAAUGUUUCACAAUAAAUCUUUUACAUGCUUUGCCCUAAGAUGGCUGUGACCAUCUGACUCUUGAGAGGGAGUUUGAGAAUAGUGUUUUUCAUUGUUCAUAAAUGUUUCAAGGGUCAAUUUCUGCCAGAAGCAUUUAUAAUCAUAUAAAUUCGAAAUUUUCUUUUAA